GGUAUUUUCAAACGACUGAAGCAUGCACUCAUGAAUCAUGAGGUUCUCAUGGUGCCCGAUCCUCAAAAGCCAUUCAUAGUGACCACUGACGCAAGCCAAUAUGACAUUGGCGCAGUGCUCGCUCAGCAGGAUGGGAAGAAGUUGAGACCGAUUGAGUACAUGAGCAAGAAAAUGCCAUCGAAGAAAUUGGCAAAGUCCACCUAUGAAAGGGAACUCUAUGCUCCCUACAAGGCACUUGUCCAUUGGAGACAUUUUCUGUUGGGACGGUUCUUCUACUUGAGAACUGACCAUCAGACGCUCAAAUGGAUCAAGACUCAACCAACUCUCCCUGAUGCACUCAAGCGAUGGAUUGAAGUCAUAGAUCAGUAUGACUUCAAGCUAGAGUAUCUGAAGGGAGAGUACAACAAGGUUGCAGAUGCGCUAUCACGUAGAGAAGACUACCUAGGGGCGCUAGUUUCUGGCUUUGGUAUAUCUGAAGAAGUAACUCAAUCGUUGGUGGGAGCCUAUCAGGAAGACCCUGUCACGAUGGACAUCAUACGCAAACUUCAGGCAAAAGACAAGGCCACGGAAAAUGAGUUCGUGAUGGUGGAUCGGCUUCUCUAUCUUGAUAAGGCUAGAGUUAAAAGUGUUUCCAUGGAUUUCAUGGACACCCUGGUGACCAGUAAGAGUGGCAAGAGGCACAUCUUCGUCAUCAUCGAUCGAUUCACCAAGUACGCUAGACUAGUUGCCAUGCCAGAGACCGCAAGGACUGACCACGUCAUCAAGUUGUUUAUGGACAAUUGGGUGCGUGAUUUUGGACUUCCAAAGUCAAUCGUUAGUGACAGAGUUGUUCGAUUUACAAGUGAGUUGUGGAAGAAGACUGCUGAGCAGAUGGGCAAUCAACUUCAGAUGACUUCAGGGAAUCAUCCCGAAGCCAACGGACAGGCCGAGCAAAUGAACAGAGUUGUACAGCACUUGUUGAGGCAUUACAUCAAGCCCAGCCAGGAUGAUUGGGAUGAGAAGUUGCCUCUCAUCGCCAGCCUGUACGACAAUGUUGUACACAGCAGUACCGGCGUCAGUCCUAAUCAGUUGCACUUCGGAUGGAAGCCUAGAUCAGCUCUAGACUUCCUCCUGCCUGAAAACCGACCCUCUGCAACUCCAGGCACACUUGAGUAUGGUGUGCAGUAUGAGAACUUGCUACAGCAAGUUGUCGAGCACAUCAAGAAAGCUCAGCAAGCAAUGAUUGCUUCUGAGAACAAACAUCGUCGACAGUCCUCAUUUCAAGUAGGGGGACGUGUCUGGGUCAAGGCUAGUGAGCUAGGACAGGAAUUCGGUAUCUCUAGAAAACUAAUGCCUCAGUAUUUUGGUCCCUGGGAAGUCCUGGAUAUAGUGGGGGAUGGGAUGGAUGGUCCCACAUAUGUUAUUCGUAUCCCUGGUCACCUGCGCACUCACCCUGUCUUUCAUGCCUCAAAGCUUGCACCUUUUGCUGAGACAGAUCAAUUCCCUUCAAGGAGAUCGAUGCUGCCCCCAACCAUGGAUGGUCAAGUGGACAUCGACGACAUUGUGGAUCACAGAGAUCUGCCUGUUUCAAAGCCACUGGGUAGAGGAAGACCUCCAAAACCCAAGCGGGAGUAUCGCGUCAGAUUCAGGCAUUAUACGGAUCCAAAGGAAGAUCGGUGGUUCACCAGAGAGGAGCUGAUUGACACAGCUCCUCAAGUGGUGGCAAAAUAUGAAAGAAUGUUAAAAGGGAAGGCACCUGCCAAGUAAGCAUCUCAGCGGACUUUCGAAGCUAAGGGGGAUGGAAUGUGAGGAUUGAGCCCUCGAUAAGGGGCCUUGCCAUGAUGUACAUGUUCUGGGCUAAGGCCCAAGCAAGCCUUGUCCCCGCCCUAAGUGAAGGCGGGCCAGUAAAUCAACAAGAACCCU